UACCAAAUAAUACAAUAAUAAGGAAAAAGUGGUGCAAAGUAAUGAAGCGUGAUUUAAUUGGCCCUAAAAGCACUAAAUAUGUGUGUGAAGAUCAUUUUGAUGUUGAAAAUGACACAGACAAUUUAGUAAAACAUCGACUGGUUGGGGGAACAUUAAAGUUAAAACCCGAAAUAUAUCCUCAUAAAUUUGACUGUCAAAAGGCGGUGAAACCUCAAAAAGAACGAGGAGCAUAUGAAAAAAGACCUCGGAUUGAAUUUUAUGAAAGUCUUUUAACAAAAGAAGCACCGUCGACUUCAAGUCAAUCAUCUUCUUUUCAAUGUUUUGAAAUUAUUGACUGUGAUGCCAUGAAGUUAGAUGAAACAGAGGAUCCGCUAGCAGAGGACAUUACUUUUCCAGAAUCAGAUAAUCAUCCAAAUAAAAAGAGAAACAAAGGAGUUCAAGUAAGCAUCAAAAGUUCACAGAAAAAUCAAGCUGUGCAAACAAAUCAGUAAGAACAAACAGUGCGAAAGAUACAGGAAAUAAGUGCUCCCGAAUCGCUUAGGAAUAUCCUCAGCACUCUCCAUCGAGAAUAUCGAUAUCUUCUGUAAGCACCACUCCUUCAAAAGCAUCAAUAUUUUCACAAAACAGUACCAGUUUAACUAGUUCCCUUUCAGUCACAAUCAAGCCUCAAUAUCGCAAUCGCAAAUAAAUAAAAUAACUAAAAACGUUA